UUCAUAUGUCUUCUCAUAUUCAUCUUAACUGCAAUCAUUAUAUCUCUAUUUGUUCUUUUCUUUUGCAAAGCAUUGUCAUCCAUCAAUGUAAGUGCAUAUAUCAACAUAUGUCACUGUUUCAAGUUUUUUUUAGAUCUGUUUAUAUAUUUAUAGAUAUAUAUAAAUAAAUUGAUAGAGGUGUUCUCUGCAUUGUCCUUGUGCAUUUGCAUGAGUGAAUACAUCAAUCUAUAAUCUGUCCAUGCACACAAAACAACAUCUAUAAAGAAAUGCACACAUAGAUAGUAAUACAAAUUGGAAGCUCCAAAAAAAAAAAGUUGUCAUACCCAUGCCUAUGCAUACGAAUGUACAUAACCUUGUGUAUCUAUUUGGUUGUCUUCUACUAUCCUUGUAGGAAGUGCAACCACAACUACAAUUGACCCCACAUGCAAUCUUGUGCAUCAACGCUAGGGAUGAUGUCCCCUCUCCAAUACUUCAGCUUUUGUCUUUUGAAAAAUUGACAACCGAAGAAGAUGCCAGUGCCCGAUAUAGGGUUGUUUUGUCUGAUGCCACCCGAUAUAGGGUUGUUUUGUCUGAUGCCACGCACAUGCAAUUGGCGAUCCUCUCGCCUAAGUAUAGUAAUUUGUUGCUUUCAUAGACAUUAAAGAUAGGCUCUAUCCUAUCACUGAUAGCUUACGCUUGUAGAAAUAUUUGGAACUUGAGGUAGGGCCCUCUAUAUGUUCUGAUGGUUUGUUCUUGGCUUUUGAAAUCUCCCUUUGCACACUAUCCAGAUUAUUCAACCUCUUGUUUUCUUCGUUUUACAGGACUAUAGUAAUAUUCAACCUUGCUGUCAAAUUUACAAAUUCUCCAUUGCUUGGAAAACCUAUAUAUCUGUUUAAAGAGCAAGAACAACAAAUGUUGGGUUGGGACACACCUGCCACAACUAAAUGUUCCCUUAAAUUUGGAAUACACCUCCCACCUGUGCAGCACGAAUCUUCUGUUAAUAUCAGCCUGAUUAAAGCCUUGAACCCCUAUCAAAAUAGGUGGACGAUUAAGGGGCGUGUAACAAACAAGAGGAAGAUGCAUCAAUAUAGUACACCAAAGUCCACUGGCCAAGUGUUUAGUUUUGACAUGAUAGAUGAUGAAGGUAUUGAAAUUAGAAUAACUUGCUUUGGCGAUGUAGCAGAGAUGCAUUAUCAUAGGGUUGAAGCAGGAACAUAUUAUACUAUAUCAAAAGGUUGCAUUAAAGAAGCUGACACAAAAUGGAACAAGCUUAACAGUCAUCUUGAGAUAACUUUGGACUUCAAUUCAGUAUUGAAGCGUUGUGAUGCUGUUGUUGAUAGUCAAGGAAAUAAUUCAUGAUUCAUACCGAUUAAUGAAUUACAUACUGCACCAACAACACUUUAGUUGAUGUUAUUGGUAUUGUAGUUGUUGUUGGAGAACCCUCAUUAAUUCACAGAAAAGAUGGCAGCGAAGUAACCAAGAGAAUUGUCAAAAUAAAUGAUGUCUCAACUUUUACUAUCGAUGUUAACUUAUGGGGAGCAACAUGGCAAGGGGUAGGUGAAGAUUUGAAGAACAUGCAUGCAACCCAAACAGCUGUUGUCCUUGCAGUCAGAAAUGCCCAGGUUGGUUAUUUCAAUGGAAAGGUUAUUAACACAACCACAACAACAACUCUAGCUAUAAACCCUUCUAUCCCUGAAACAGAGACACUUAUAUCAAGAGGAAAGAUUCCAGAUGACCUUUUACCACUGUCUUGUGUUGCUGGAUAACUUAACUCACAAUAUAGCAAGAUGACAAUCACAACUAUUUUAGAACGUACAACUGUUCUCUCUGAAACAGUUGAAACUACUAUUAGGGUUGUUGUGAGAAUCAUUAAAAUUGAUAAUUUUUGCUAUCCAGCCUGCCUUUGAAAAUUAAUGGCAAAGAGUGUAAAAAGAAAUGUGUCCAGCAAAAUGAUAAUGUAUGGUUUUGUUCAAUAUGCCAAACUCAUGUGCCAGGAUGCAAUUACAAAUACUUAUUGCAGAUGAAGCUCCAAGAUCAUAGAGGCACUCUUUGGGCUAUUGCCUUUGAUGAGGUUGGCACAAAUUUGCUACAAAUAUCUGCCAAGGACCUUUACAUGCUGCAGUAUGAUUUAACUACAAAGAGAACACCUCAGACUAUUAUCAAGGGUGUCCUUUUAUCUUGCUUUGUUUUCACACUUUCUGUUACAACAGACAUGUACAAUUCAGAGCCCAGGCUCAAAGCAAAAAUUACCAAAGUCGUGAAUAUCAAUUUCCAGGUUGAAUGUACUCUUCUGCUUGCAGAGAUUGCUCGCAUGAGUGCAGUUGCAGCAUUCCAGACCAAUUAGAUAGUGAUGCUUUUCAUUGGCCUUUUAAUCGUCAUAGAAUAGAUAGCUUGUUAGUAGUUUUUGUUGGUAAUUAGCAAACAGAACUGAAUUAUUGAUGGUUGUGUAUAUCAACGCUAUCUAAACUCAUGUUUUUUUGGCUGUCCGAAACUUUUGGUUUUCGACAUUGGUUUUGAUCUAAAAUUCUCCAAUAGUUGCUUCUACUUAAAGUUGUUUAUGUUUGCUAGAAUUGUUCAUCUUACCUAGUCAAACCAAUUGUUGUUUUGUUCUACCAUGCUUCCAUGCAUCUAAAAUAUAUCGAAUGCAGUUUUGCUUCUUUGCAUCUUUUAUUUUAUAUCCUUUUGUACCUUUUUAUGUUAUGUUGUUAUUGAACAUCCAUGUUUUCUAGAUAUUCUUAAUUUGUAUAUCUGUAUUUAUAUUAUCCUGUAAAAACAUAAUAAGAAAGAAACCAUACAGAAUAGACAUUCGCGCAAAUAUUGAAACAAGAACCAAUAGCUUCAAUCUAUGUUGUUUUAACAAAUUCCUUCACCUCCAAAUCAUAAUUUCUAAAUUAUGCUACUCCACCGCACUAGAUCUGUACAAUUGAAAUUAUAAUCUGCAAUGUCAAUGACUUGUAUGAUGUUGUUUAUGUUUACUGUUAUUAAAUAUUCAAAGCAUUUAGUUGACCUGCCUCUUUUUUUUAUUGUACUGUUUUCAAUCCUUUUAGUUAUGUUCUAAUGCUUGGUCCAGACACACUUCUGCUUCUCAUUAUUGUUGAACUGUAAAUUGAAAUUACAAUUUUGAGCAUCCUUGCCAAUUGAUAUACAGUUAAAACUUAGAUUCACCACCCUUUUCCUCUUUUGAAAACAACAACUUUCCUAUACUUUCUUUGUAUUCAUUAGGUUUAUACAAAUGUAUGUUGCCUUAUAUGUUCUCUCCAGCGUUUACUAGUAUGCAUAAACAUUUACAUCUCCAUCUAUGUAUCAUGAUAUACAAAGAUACAUAUAAAUUGCUAUAUACAUUUACAUAUAUUUCCAUACACAUACAUGCAUACAUAUGGUCCUGCACAGCUGCAAACUCACAUACAUACAACCACAUAUGUACUUGUAUACAUGUACAUGCAAAGGCAGACAUUCACAAUAGAUAUAUAUGCACAUGCACAACCUUAUAUAUCUUGAAAGUUUUGUAUCUACAUAUGUAAGUAAAUUUGUGUGUAACAUAUUUUUUAUGUGCAUGCAUGUAUCAAUGCGUAAAUGAUUAUAUGCAUGGGUUUGUGCUCCUGGGUAGAAAUACAUACACAUGUAUGUUUUUAUCAUAGAAAUUGCUAUAUACAUUUAAAAAAAUGCAUACACAUACAUGCAUACAUAUAGUUUUACAUAGCUACAAACUUCCAUGCAUGUAAUACAUAUGCAUACAUAUGGUCCUGUCCAGCUGCAAACUCCCAUUCAUACAACCACAUAUGCACAUACAUGCAUGUACAUACAAAGGAAGGUACUCAUAGUGGAUAUAUAUGCACAUGCUCAACGUUCUAUAUCUUGAAAGUUGUGCGCCUACAUAUUGUAAGUAAACUUGUGACUAUCCAUGUUCUUUUAUGUGCAUGCAUGUAUCAAUACAUGUAUAGUUAUAUAUAUGGGUAUGUGCUUAAAUUUUGUGCAAAAGUAUUUAACACAUGCAAUUCAAAGAUUGCAUCAAACAAAAGUUUCAAACAUUGUUUUUAACAGUUGUUUCUUGCACAGUCAGAAUCUAAUAUGCUCUGUUUAUUUAAAUUGUCUAAAAUAUUAAUGCAGACCACAACCCAAGAAUGCAAUCUUAGGAAAGCGAAAAAGAGAGAACGAAAUUGUCACUAUUAUGCAGAACAUAGAGAAGAAAUCUCUAAAAAGCGUCGCCUAGAAUGAAUGAAACACAAAAUGCUUUUGCAUGUGUCUGCACCAUGCAAAACCCCACAGAUGAUAGAUUCAAAUUCACUUAUUCUGGAUCAGAACCUUCCUUUAUCAUGUGGCCCAACCAACAUUGUUUCGCAACAAAUACAAGAACCUUGCUUGAAUUGUAGCGAACUACAAUAGAAACAUGCAACACAAAACAGGCAACCUCUAUACCAUCAGGCAAUAUUGCAGACUACAACAACACAUCAAUGCACAAAAACUUGUUUCUCUUCUAUAGAGUACAUUCAAACAUUGCAAUCCUUCCGCCAUCACAUUGAUUCAUUGUCCAUGCUUCACACAUGUAGUAUUUGUAAGAAAAGAUAUAUUGGAAUGGUGAUACAGAGGAACCAACAACAUAUUAUUUGUUCGAGAUGCUUUUCUAAAAGUGGUGUUCAUCGUUUCUCUUUGGCAAAUAACUUGGACCCAGGUGAGCAACCCCUUGUGUUAAAACAACUUACCCAAGUAGAGGAGAUGCUUAUAGCUAGGGUUGCUCCUGUUUUGCAAGUCAGACAUGCAAGAGGUGGCCAAUACAAAUACACUGGUCACACUAUUAGUUUUCCCCAAGAUAUUUCAGAAAUUGCAAAGCUUUUGCCACGGAAACCAAAAGACCUUGAAGUCCUUAUUAUCCAUCGAAGUAAUAUACAAGGCAAAAAAUAUGAUUGCUAUGUAAAUAAAUUUCAUGUUAUGGAUGCAUUGAGCUAUAAAAUUCAACAUGACCAGUAUUAUAAUGAUGUUGUCAUAGACUUUGAUGUUGUCAACUUGCUACUUGAUACUACUACAGAUAUAUCAAAUAUGUUGCACUCUUUAGAAGAAGAUACUAAUGUAAUAGCUAUUCCACCAAUAGAAGAACUUGACGAUUGCAAUGAAUAUGAUGCAGAAAUUUCAUCAUCUUUUAUUCCAAAACUGCCUACUCCAACCCGCGAACUAGAUACAAUUAAGAGAACCUUGUAGUUAGAUGUUGAUACUGAUAAUAAUGUCCCUUGGCCUGAAAUAAACUUAUCCCCGAUAAAUGAAUAUAAUACGAUAGGCUUGUUAAGCAUGGCAUUCUCAACCCUUUUCCCAUCUGGAGUUGCACUCCCGCUGCAGCCACGUACCAAACAUGUUCAUUUACAUGAAUAUGCUCUCCACUUAAUGAGAUAUGUUGAUCCAAGAUUUGGACAGCAUGUCAAAUUUCUCUAUUACAUUUACAAUCUAAUUAUGAGACAUUGUUCACAACAAUCUGCAGCUAUCUUCAUUAGAACUAAUUUGGGAGAGCCCAUCCCACCCACUAUGCAAGUGCUUCAUGAACGAUUGCAAAACACUCCUGAUGAUCAAUUGCCAAAUCAAUUGUUGCGAUUUGGUGCAACACUUCGAGGCACUCGUGCAUAUUGGAGUAAAUCUAGAAAAGAGCUUACUGCAAUGAUCUUCCAAUUGGGGACCCCAACACUGUUCUUUACAUUGAGCUCAACUGAUACUAAAUGGCCUGAUUUGCAUAGGCUUUUCUCUGAAAAUGAUAGCCAAAACACACAAUUUACAAGAAAACAACUUAUAGACCAUGUGAUCUGCAAUCUACAUAUAACAACAUUAUACCUUCACAAUAGAUUUACAAUAUUUCGUGAAGAAGUUAUUCAAAAGUUUUUCCAAGCAAAGGAUCAUUGGUAUAGUUAUGAAUGGCAGCAUCAUGGCUCGGGACAUAUUCAUGGCUUCUUAUGGCUCCCUGGAGCACCAAAUAUGGAAAGCAUUGAUUGGACAGAUGAUAAUGAGGUCCAAAUGGCAAAAACUUUUUUUUACAAAAUGUUUUUGCUUGGAAUCCUCGCAACAUAGCAGACCACAUGAAUGCAAUACACUACACUGCAUUGGAUGAUCCAUGUCUAGCUAAUACAAAAAAAAUCUUCUUCAUAGACCCUGCAUUGGAUUAUGAGGCAUUAUUUAAUACUUUAUAGAGGCACACAAAAUGCACAGAACAUACAUGCCUCAAGAAAAUAGGUCCCACACUCGAAUGUCAUUACAAAGCUCCAUGGGUUCUACAAGAGAUGUCUACGUUGACAGUUGACAAUGACAACAACACAUGCUAUAAACCUGCAAGGAAUGAUGAUCGUUUGAAUAUUCAUAAUCCUUGGAUGCUUUCACUAUGGAGAGCUAAUAUUGAUUGUCAACCAGUCACUUCAAAAAAAGUUGUCCUCCAAUACAUUUCAAAGUAUGCUUCCAAAUCAAAAAACAAAUCGCAAUCCUAUAUUGAAAUGCUAAAAACGAUAAUGAAUACAACUAAAUCUAAAGAUAGCAUCUUAUUAACAUAUCAGAAAUUUAUGAUGGGCAUAGUAGUAGACCGUGAUAUUAGUGCACAAGAAACUUGCCAUAUGUUACAAAAAUUGCCUCUUGUAAGUUGUAGUCGACAGUUUGUCUCUCUAAAUGUUGGCAGAAAAAUACUGCACUAUGUCAUAAAAUUGAAUAAUGGAACUGACCUUUCCACAACUUAUAUCCAUGCUUAUAUGCAGCGCCCUUUUGAAUUAAGUGCAACAAGUAUGUUACAAUCAGCAUAAGGGUUCUCAUAUAAUUCUCAAUGCAAAAAAACAAAAUGGCAAAUCAGGGAUAAAAAAGCAAUUGUGACUGCAUAUCCUUAGUUUAGAGAACCUCCAAAUGAAGAUACUGAUGAGUUCGAGAUUUUUUGUUGGUCUGAGCUGCUGUUGUACAGACCGUUUCAUGACAUCCCAACUGAGAUAGGAACUUCAAAAGAACAAAUUAUAACAAAUUGGAAAAACUUUAAAAAGACUAAUUACAACUGUCUUCACAGCCAACAAAUUAUAGAUGAUUGCAGGCCUCCAAAUGAAGAUGAUAGUGACAAUAAUGGUUCUCAAAAUCAAGAUGAUACAAAUCUAUACGAGUGGGAAUUAUUGUCACGAAUGGGAGCUACAAAUAACUUUACCUAGAAUGAUCUACAAAUGCUAGGCCGUCGUGAUUACGAUAUUAACUACUUGUGGGGUGCAACUGUUGUGGAUGAUCAAUUAGAUUGUACUGCUCUUCAAUUCAUAGCUACAACCAAGCUACAAUUCCAACACGCUAGCAUACAAAUCUCAACUCAGGACACACAGAAAAUUCAGCUAUCGCCUAAACAAAAAGUUGCACUCGACAUUGUUCUACAACAUCAUAAUAAACAAUCUACAACAGCACCUCUACGAAUGAUUGUUCAAGGCACCGCAAGCACUGAUAAAUCAUUUUUGAUAGACCGCAUUAGGAAAUAAUUGAACAUAUCUACAGCUGUGAAGCAAAACCCAUUGCUUGUUUUAGCACCAACAGGUGUUGUUGCAUUUAAUAUACAAGUGACAACAAUCCAUGCAGGGUUAGGCAUACCUAUAAGAGAAAUGCAUCCUUUGACAGGGCAGUCAUUAAUGACAUUGCAAGAACAAUUGAAACAUAUUAAAUAUAUCCUGAUAGAUGAAAUGAGCUUUUUAGGCCCAAAAUUACUACUAAAGAUAGAUAGUCAUUUGCGCCAAGCAUUCCCUGACAGUCAGCAUGAAAGCUUUGGCGGGGUGUCCAUAAUUCUUGUAGGUGAUCUUGCUCAGCUCCCCCCUGUAAUGGAUAAACCUAUAUAUGCAUCUCACUCUGUAGCCCUCGGUUUAUGGCAUUCUUUUACUACUGUCAUAACAUUGGACACUAUUUUCCGGCAACAAGGUGCAUCUAUAAGACAACAGCAAUUCAGAACACUCCUUCACAACAUAAGAAAUGCUCAAGCACUGCAACAUGAUUGGCAAUUCCUGAUGUGCCAGACAAAUGCAACAUUAACUACUCAACAAAAGAAGGAUUUCAACUCAUCAAUCCAUUUAUUUGCAACAAAUGAAUCUGCACGGUUGCAUAACAGGAAAAUGCUCAAAGAAUUAAAUUUGCCUAUCGCUCUAAGUUUAGCUAAAGUUGGUAAGCAAACAAAUACUGAAUAUGACAACGAUGAACAACUACCAUUAGAAGUAUUGCUUUCUAUAAAUCAGCAAGUGAUGUUAAUAGCUAACUUGUGGAUUGAAGUUGGCCUUGUCAAUGGAGCUAUUGGUCUCAUCAAAACAAUUGUAUAUGAAAACAAUACAAAACCACCAGACUUGCCAAAAUAUGUGGUCAUGCAAUUCAAGGAUUAUAAUGGACCUCCAUGGGAUAUAGCACAUCCAAAAGACAUACCCAUUUUGCCAAUAACACAAGGUAGGCGUACGCAAGUACCUUUGACAAUGUCCUGGGCCAUCACUAUUCACAAAUCUCAAGGACUUACAUUAGACAGAGCUACAAUAGACAUAGGUAAUACUGAAAAGCAAGGACUCACAUUCACAGCUAUUUCAAGAGUGAAGUCAAUUGAUGGGAUAUGAAUCGAACCACCAUUCUCUUUUGAAAGUUAUUCCAAACUGCAAAAUAAUGCUUAUACAACCAUUAGAAAGAAAGAAGAAACUCAUUUGUAGUUGUUAUCUAGCCAAACAACUAUCUAUUCAACUUAAGAUCCUCUAGUCCAGAACCACCUUUGUUACAUUCCUCUGCUUUCAACAAGGUAAUUACAAUUUUACAUGGUCUUAUCUCUUCAAAAUAUGUGCAUUCUUAAUCGUCCCUGGUACUAAUUCUUUUCACGUUACUCUUCAUUUUAGUUUGCACUCAUUCUAAGACAUCUUCCAUGCUGCAUUGAACACUACACUCGAGUGUUCCUAUCUACACAGUCUGCAAUGAAAGUCUAAAGCUAUAUCAGGGAUAACAUAGCUGCAACAAAUUGGCCAUCCACAUCACUCACUGCUCCAACAUGUGCAACUAUCUCAGGUAUGAUAUUUAACUUUUAUUGUUUCAAAUAUACUUUGUUCAUAAAUUUUAAUGCCCCAACAUCCUCCAUGUUGCAUUGAACACUACACACAAGUGUUCCUAUCUACACAGUCUGCAAUGAAAGUCUAAAGCUAUAUCAGGUAUAACAUAGCUGCAACAAAUUGGCCAUCCACAUCACUCACUGCUCCAACAUGUGCAACUAUCUCAGCUACAAUACAUUGCAUGUCCAAUUCACUUAUUGUCAAUCAACCAUUCAAUGCAGUUUUCUACUGUACAAUGCAGUGUUUCAUCAUAUACCAGAAGAUAACUUGAAUGCUCCAUGUCAUCUACAAAAGGUUGCCAAUGAGUUGAUGUCAACUUUGGGUAUAGAUCCAAGACAACUUAUAAUUUGAAACAGUCAUCUUGCUCUCUUCACCAAUACUUAUGAUUUUCCUGUGCAUAUGUCCUGCACAUUUUGACAGAAAUAACUAUUAAUAGAAAACAAGAAGCCCAUACUCCCAUUCCAUACCAUUUACAAACCAACAGUUACUGAACCAGCUAAAUGCUAUGCAUCACAAGAAUAUCUUAAAUGGCAGCAACCAAAUACAAAUAUGACAUGUCUGAUAUAAUUGCUCAGCACAAGAUAUGCAGCGCUGGAGUGGCCUCUCACAAGGCAUCUUGCUCUCUUCGUCAAUCCAGGUCUCUACACUUGUGUCCUUACAAAAUUUGCAGGCACCAAAAAAACCACUUCAGCAUGUUUUAAAACUUUGCUGCAUUUCGGUUUUAUCACACUAAUUAUUUCAUUCCUACAUUCAAUUAUUCCUACACAUUUUCUAAGGCAUUAAAAACCAUUACAUGGCGAUAUAUAGUUUUAAAAGUCUCCUACUCUCCAGGCCUCUACACCUGAACAAUUGUCCUUGGGAAAUUCUCUUAAUGUGCUCUCCACGAUAUUUCAUUCCUACAUUCAAUUGUUCCUACACAUUUUCUAAGGUUGCUCUUUGCUCUUUUUGGGUUGCCAAAGGACCCAUGCAACAAUUUACAACUUCCCUUCUCUUGCACAGAAAUUCACAUUGCUUACAUUAAUUCCUUCUAUAUCAUUAUUACGCCACAAUAUAUCUCUUGCAUUUAUUGUACUUAAUUUAAACUCUUCUCCAAUUUGGCCAUGUAUGGUUCUACAGUUGACAUUGCACAAUUACAACACUAAAUUCAUUUACUCUUUGUCAAUUUUUGUACAUUUUUAAUGUUACUAUCAGCUACAUAUAUCUAUUAUAUGGCAUUGUUAUGGA